UUAAAUUUGCGAAACGAAACAGGGGUGGCUAGCGGUUCUCUCCAAACACUUAAAAGCAGCAGCCAACGGAGCACUGAGAUAGAGAGAAGUGCGUUUUUCUCACCUGCAACCAACACAAUGGCUUUUCUAUUUCAAAAAUUUCAAGAGGGCGUGAAAAUUCUUGCAAACAGUCUGACAUUUGCUAGGGAUCCAAGGAAGCUUCAAUUUGAAGCUGACAUAAAUCGUCUCUUUUUAUAUACUAGCUAUAAUCUUUUGGGAAGGGACGCUGAUGAGGCAGAUGCUGAGGAAAUUAUUAAAAUGGCUAGUAAAGCCUCUCUAGCUGAUCAACAGAAGCAAGUACAAGAAAACAUCCAUUAUCAAAUUGAAAACUUCUGUAUUUCUAUGAAUCAAAUUCUUUUCCCCGAUAAGUCAAAGGAAAAUCAGGCAGUGCAGUCUUCUAAACAGUCAAAUUCCACCCUCAGUUUUGCUUCUGGCAAGAGUGGCUCACCUGCUGACUCUCCUGAGACAAUGCCAUUAAAACGCUCUGAAGCAUCACAGAGAUUACAGGAUAUCAUUGGCUACACACUUGAUCUCAAACCAUCUCUGAUACCCCACAAGGAUGCUGGCCAAGGUUUAUUUUUAUGUGGUAAAGCUGCUGUUGGUGCUGUAAUAGCCAUAUAUCCUGGUAUAAUAUACUCCCCUGCUUAUUACCAAUAUAUUCCUGGAUACCCAAGAGUUGAUGCACAGAACCCCUAUUUGAUUACUAGAUAUGAUGGAACUGUGAUCAAUGCCCAACCUUGGGGUGCUGGGGGUGAAACCCGUGAAUUGUGGGAUGGAUUGACACUUCCUGAAAUUAGACCAAAUAUAGAAGUGACUGAAAAAGGUUCAGACCAGAUACAGAAACUGCUUAGUAAGCCAAUGGAAAGUACACAAGGGGGGAGUGGGGCCGAGUUGUUGGAGAGGAGAAACCCGUUGGCUUUGGCACAUUUUGCCAAUCAUCCGGCAAGGGGUAUGGUCCCAAAUGUCAUGAUUUGCCCUUAUGACUUCCCAUUGACCGAAAAAGACAUGAGGGCCUAUAUUCCAAACAUAACAUUUGGAAAUGAGGAGGAAGCAAAUACGAGGAGAGUUGGUAGGCUUUGGUUCAGAUGGGAUGGUUUGAGUAGUAAUGGGUCUGACACUCCAGUUUUGAAAACUCUUGUCUUGGUGGCUACUAGGGCACUUUGUGAUGAAGAAGUGCUCUUUAACUACAGGUUGAGCAACUCCAGGAGACAGCCAGCAUGGUAUACUCCAGUGGAUGAAGAGGACUGAAGGCGACAAAGUUAAAUCAGUGAAGGUUGGGUAUUCGAAGUAAAUUAAAAUCAAUAAAAGGUAAUACUUGAAAGGGGUUUUCAACAAGUGUAGCGGUUUUGUGUCUUCCUAAUUUUGCACUUAGGCGAUAAAGUGUGAGUGUACUUGACUUUUCUUAUUAUAUUUGUUAGUCUGCUUACCUAGAUAAGGUUACUUGGUUAUUGUUUAAAGAAGCAAAGUGCUAGACUGUGGCACUAUACUAUACAUGAGUUUCUGAUGGCAAAUUUUGCUGUUAAGAUUUAGGUUCUCAAGUUAUGAAUAAGUAGAGGAGGAAUUCUACAUCAGAUUUAUAGACAUUGGAAAUUGGAACGGUCAUAAAAGAAUGACUUUGAAGGA